AUGUCCUAUACAACCGGAAUGGUAUGGGUUGCUUAUCCGUCUCCUAGGUCCGAGGCCGAAUUAGGUAUACACAUUCGAAAAGCGACAAACACCGACGAAACUGCCCCGAAACGCAAGCAUGUGCGCGCCUGCAUUGUCUAUACCUGGGACCACAAAUCGUCCCAGUCGUUUUGGGCGGGCAUGAAAGUGUACGUUGAUGAUCCCCCAAUCCUCGCCGAUGAGGUGCAAACAUUCAAGGCUCUAAUCACGGUUCACCGAGUAUUGCAGGAAGGCCACCCUCAGGUACUGAGGGAAGCAUUGGCGAACCGUGGCUGGAUUGAUGGCUUGAACAGAGGGCUAGCCGGCGAGGGUGUCCGAGGCUAUGGCCCCUUAAUCCGAGAAUACGUCUAUUUCCUCCUUGCGAAGCUCUCAUUCCACCAGCAACACCCGGAAUUCAAUGGAACAUUCGAGUACGAAGAGUAUAUCAGCUUGAAGGCAAUCAAUGAUCCGAACGAGGGCUACGAGACGAUCACCGACUUGAUGGCCUUGCAGGAUAAGAUUGAGCAGUUUCAGAAACUCAUCUUUUCUCAUUUCAGAAACGUUGGAAACAACGAAUGUAGGAUCUCGGCUAUUGUACCAUUAGUCCAAGAAAGCUAUGGUAUCUACAAAUUCAUUACUAGCAUGCUGCGUGCCAUGCACUCCACAACUGGCGACAACGACGCAUUAGAACCCCUUCGAGAACGUUAUAAUGCGCAGCAUUAUAGAUUGGUCAAAUUUUACUAUGAAUGCUCCAACCUACGAUAUUUAACUGGGCUCAUUACUAUUCCGAAACUUCCCCAGGACCCUCCCAAUCUACUAGCUGAUGACGAAGAUGCGCCAGCACUGCCCGCCCGCCCGAAGCAAGAGAUUGAACGCGCGCCUACUCCAGUCCAGGAACCAAAGUCAGAAGAACCUGAUCAGAUUGCUGAAUUUUGGCAAAGUGAGCUCGACCGUCAGAACCGAGAAUACGAGGAACAGCAGCGGGUACUACAAGAACGUCAACAGCAAGCUCUCCAAGCUCAGCAACAGGCUCAAUUGCAGGCCCAACGAGACUUCGAAGAGCAGCAGAGGCGUUUGGCUGAGCAGCAGCGAAGAGAGCAAGAAGCCCUGAUGAACCAGCAGUUUCAGAUGCAAACACAAGGACGAUUAGCUGAGCUCGAGCAAGAGAACUUGAAUGCAAGGGCACAAUAUGAGCGCGACCAACUGAUGCUUCAACAAUACGACCAAAGAGUGAAAUCUUUGGAGGGAGAGCUGGCGCAAAUUCAGAACAAUUAUGGCCAGCAAUUGAAUAGCAGAGAUGACCAGAUUCGUUCACUCCAAGAACAAGUGAACACAUGGCGUACGAAAUAUGAAGCUUUAGCUAAGCUUUACUCACAACUACGACAUGAGCAUCUUGACCUACUACAGAAAUUCAAGUCGGUUCAAUUGAAGGCGGCAUCUGCGCAGGAAGCAAUUGAGAAACGCGAGAAGCUUGAGCGAGAAAUCAAAACCAAGAACUUGGAGUUAGCAGACAUGAUUCGGGAGCGAGACCGAGCGUUGCACGACCGAGACCGGUUGACAGGCAGUAACAAAGAUGAAGUCGAGAAACUCAAGCGAGAAUUGCGCAUGGCGAAUGAGCGGGCCGAUAACCUGGAACGAGGAAAAGGCAACGAGCUAUCUUCAAUGCUUGCGAAAUACAACCGUGAAAUGGCGGAUCUUGAAGAGGCGCUGCGCACAAAAUCUCGCGCCUUGGAAGAUGCCCAAGCUAAGAUGCGCGAUGGCAGCUCGGACCUAGAGCAACUCCUCCGUGAGAAAGAGGAAGAGCUCGAGGUCUACAAAGCUGGCAUGGAUCAAACUUUGAUUGAAUUAAAUGAGCUGAAGCUCAACCAGGGUGAUACAGACAUUGCCAUAGACGGCCAGCUUGAUGCUAUAAUCAUGGCCAAUUUGGACAAGAUCAACGAUAUCAUCGACUCUGUGCUACAAGCAGGUGUUGCACGGGUUGACGAUGCGUUAUAUGAACUAGAUUCGACAAUGCAAGCGGGUAACCAGAACGCUUCACCGCAGUAUGUCUUGUCUCAAAUCGAGAAGGCCUCUGCCAGCGCCAUGGAGUUUGCGACAGCCUUCAACAACUUCAUUGCAGAUGGGCCGAAUGCCACUCACGCUGAAUUGAUCAAGGCCAUCAAUGUCUUCUCAGGUUCUGCUGCCGACGUCUGCAGCAACACGAAAGGUCUAACCCGUCUUGCGACUGAUGAAAAGAAGGGUGACCAACUCAUGAAUGGAGCACGAGUGGCUGCCCAGUCUGCAGUGAAAUUCUUCCGCGGACUUCAAAGCUUUAGACUAGAAGGAAUGGAUCCUAUUCAAAAGACAGAUGUCGUUAUUAACAGUAAUAACGAUGUGCAAAUGAACCUCCAAAAGCUGAAUAAACUAGUCGAGACAUUUGCGCCUGGCUUUGGCCGCUUGACGAACAACAAGGGAGAUCUGGGUGAAAUCGUUGACAAUGAGCUUAGCAAGGCAGCCGAUGCUAUUGCGGCGGCGGCGGCUCGCCUGGCGAAGCUGAAGAAUAAGCCUCGUGAUGGCUACUCUACGUACGAGCUUAAGGUCAACGAUACUAUUUUAGAUGCUGCCAUGGCAAUUACCAAUGCAAUUACCCAGCUCAUCAAGGCGGCUACAGCCACGCAGCAAGAAAUUGUUCAGGCUGGCCGAGGAUCAUCUUCAAGAACAGCUUUCUACAAGAAGAACAACCGAUGGACCGAAGGACUUAUCUCUGCGGCGAAGGCUGUCGCGUCUUCUACAACCACGCUUAUUGAGACUGCCGACGGUGUCAUCUCUAACCGUAACAGUCCAGAGCAACUGAUUGUUGCAUCAAAUGAUGUGGCUGCGUCUACAGCCCAGCUUGUCGCUGCCAGCCGUGUCAAGGCUGGCUUUAUGAGUAAGAGCCAAGAGAACCUCGAGCAGGCUAGCAAGGCAGUUGGUGCCGCGUGUAGAUCUCUAGUCAGGCAGGUGCAGAAUAUGAUCAAAGAUCGCAACCAGGAAGAGGAGGCCGUUGAUUAUUCUAAGCUCGGAACUCACGAAUUCAAAGUUCGUGAGAUGGAACAACAGGUCGAAAUCCUCCAGCUUGAGAACGCCUUGUCGGCAGCUCGACACCGUCUCGGUGAGAUGCGCAAGAUCUCUUAUCAGGAAGAGUAG